CGGUCCCGAGCCCGCCGCCCACGGUGCCUCGGUCCGCAUGGGGACGGGCAGGGCUGAGUCAGCGGCGGAGUAGACGACGCCGCCUCAGAGCCCCGGGCCGCAUGGACGGGGCCGCGGGGCCCGGUGCGGGCGCGGCCCCGGAGGCGCUGCGAGCGCUGAGCCGACGGCUGCGGGCGCAGGAGGAGGAGAUGGAGCUGGUGAAGGCCGCGCUGGCCGAGGCGCUGCGCCUGCUGCGGUUGCGACCCCUCGACAGGGACGGGGGCGGGGACAGCCCCGCAGUACCCUGCAGCCCGGCCCUGGUGAGCCGGGGCACUCAGACAGAGAUGCAGGAGGACGCCGUGCCGAGCCUGGGGCCUGCUGGCCUGAGCAACGGCCCCCCGGGCCUGCAGGCGGGCAGGGAGGCGCCUGGUGGGCUUCCCUCUGAAGGCUGCAGCGGCGGGACCGGGGGGCCAGGCCCUCCUGGGGUGCUCUGGGCAGCGCAGCCCCCAGCACACGUGGACACGCCCCGGAGAAACUCAUCCUCUUCCUCUCCCUCGGAGUGGCCCCGGCAGAAACUCUCCCGCAAGGCAGUGUCCUCCGCCAACCUGCUGCUGCGCUGUGGGAGCACGGAGAGCCGUGGGGGCAAAGAUCCCCUUUGCAGCCCUGGGGGUCCAGGGUCUCGGAGGAGCAACUACAAUUUGGAAGGCAUCUCGGUGAAGAUGUUCCUCCGUGGCCGGCCUAUCACCAUGUACAUCCCGUCUGGCGUCCGCAGCCUUGAGGAGCUGCCCAGCGGCCUGCCCCCUGAGACCCUCGGCCUUGACUGGGUGUAUGGGUACCGGGGCCGGGACUCCCGUUCCAAUCUGUUUGUGCUGCGCUCCGGGGAGGUGGUCUACUUCAUUGCCUGCGUCGUGGUGCUGUACCGGCCCGGGGGAGGCCCCGGGGGGCCUGGAGGCGGCAGUCAGAGACACUACCGGGGGCACAGCGAUUGUGUCAGAUGCCUCGCUGUCCACCCUGACGGUGUCCGUGUGGCCUCGGGACAGACAGCUGGCGUGGAUAAGGAUGGCAAGCCCCUGCAGCCAGUGGUCCACGUCUGGGACUCAGAGACACUGCUAAAGCUGCAGGAGAUUGGACUGGGUGCCUUCGAGCGCGGUGUGGGGGCGUUGGCCUUUUCCCUAGCGGACCAGGGAGCCUUUCUCUGUGUGGUGGAUGACUCCAACGAGCACAUGCUGUCCGUGUGGGACUGCAGCCGGGGGACCAAGCUGGCUGAGAUCAAGAGCACAAACGACUCAGUCCUGGCUGUUGGCUUCAGCCCUCGUGAUAGCAGCUGCAUCGUCACAAGUGGGAAAUCCCACGUCCACUUCUGGAACUGGAGCGGUGGGACAGGGGCUCCAGGGAACAACACCCUGGCGCGCAAGCAGGGUGUCUUCGGGAAAUACAAGAAACCCAAGUUCAUCCCUUGCUUUGUCUUCCUCCCGGAUGGUGACAUCCUCACGGGGGACUCAGAGGGGAACAUUCUCACCUGGGGUCGGAGCCUCUCUGAUUCCAAGAUGCCAGGCAGGGGUGGGGCCAAAGAGACCUAUGGGAUUGUGGCCCAAGCUCAUGCUCAUGAAGGUUCCAUCUUUGCCCUAUGUCUCCGGCGGGAUGGGACGCUGCUGAGUGGUGGCGGCCGAGACCGCCGGCUGGUGCAGUGGGGGCCGGGGUUGGUGGCCCUCCAGGAGACAGAGAUCCCGGAGCACUUCGGAGCUGUGCGGGCCAUCGCAGAGGGGCCGGGUGCCGAGCUGCUGGUGGGGACCACGAAGAACGCUCUCCUGAGAGGAGACCUGGCUCAGGGGUUCUCCGCGGUCAUCCAGGGCCACACGGAUGAGCUCUGGGGACUCUGCACACACCCUGCCCAGAGCUGCUUCCUCACCUGCGGCCACGACCGGCAGCUCUGCCUGUGGGAUGGGGAGGGCCACGCGCUGGCCUGGAGCCUGGACCUCAAGGAGACUGGUCUCUGUGCUGACUUCCACCCGAGCGGGGCGGUCGUGGCUGUGGGGCUGAACACUGGCAGGUGGUUGGUUCUGGACACAGAGACCAGGGAGAUCGUGUCUGAUGUCACUGAUGGCAACGAGCAGCUCUCAGUCGUCCGGUACAGCCCAGACGGCCUGUACCUGGCCAUUGGCUCCCAUGACAACACCAUCUACAUCUACAGUGUUUCCAGUGAUGGGGCCAAGUCUAGCCGCUUUGGCCGCUGUGUGGGUCACUCUAGCUUCAUCACUCACCUCGACUGGUCCAAGGACGGCAACUUCAUCAUGUCCAACUCCGGGGACUACGAGAUUCUUUACUGGCACGUGGCCGGGGGCUGCAAGCUGCUGAGGAAUCGCUAUGAGAGCCGCGACCGCGAGUGGGCAACCUACACCUGCGUGCUGGGUUUCCACGUGUACGGCGUGUGGCCCGAUGGCUCGGACGGGACAGACAUCAACUCCCUGUGCCGUUCCCACAACGAGCGCGUGGUGGCCGUGGCCGACGACUUCUGCAAAGUGCACCUCUUCCAGUACCCGUGCGCGCGCGCUAAGGCGCCCAGCCGCGUGUUCGCGGGCCACGGCAGCCACGUGACCAGCGUGCGGUUCACACACGACGACGCGUACCUCGUCUCGCUGGGCGGCAAGGACGCCAGUAUCUUCCAGUGGCGCGUGCUGGGCGCGGGGGCCGCCACGCCGUCGCGGACGCCCUCCCUGUCCCCCGCCUCCUCCCUGGACGUGUGACGGGCGGUCCCGCUCCCGCUCGACAUUCCCGGCGCCACGCACUCGGAUCUGCCCGCCGGGCCGCCCCAGCCCGGCCCCACCUGACCCGCUGCCUGCUGAGGGGCAAUAAACAGAUCUAAGUCGC